AUGGGAUACGCACGAUGGCUUCGUGCAGGCGUUCGUGGGAAGUCACAUGAAGAUGGGGACCUUGUGAUCCCGCCUUGUAUGUGUAUGAGCUCGGAGAAAGAAAUCAUCUACUGGGUUUACACUUCUGACCUACUGCAUGAAUCGCCUGCGCUUACGAAAGCUGCUUUAUUGACAGUGCGCAAUUGUGAUGCGGAAGAACUCAAUAAAGUUCUAAAGAAGCUUCCCGGCAAAACUGUCAAACUGAUUGGAAUUGAUACACCAUCUAAAGAGGACGGUUUGGAUGGUCUUCCAUGCAACAACGAAGAGUACUUCCACAAGCUCAUGCCGGCGGCUUUACUAUCCCGCAUUUUGCGGCUCAAACAAGACUCAUACUGCUUUCGAUAG